AUGAGGAUAAUUGGAUUAAUUUUUCUGGCCGGACUUGUUGCCGCAUCCGGUGAGUUUACCUCGAGCAACUUUCUUCUUAAAUUACUAGGUACUGCUUGUAUUACAGUAUCCCGAAAGUUGCAAUUUAAAAUAGCGUAUAACUUCCGCGUUUUCCCUCGCUUUUAUCACGUAUUUCUCAGAUGACGAGGUAUUCGAAUUCGAUAAAAGCGGUGAAUCCACAGAGCCUCUGCCGGUUUUGUCAUCAAAUUCCACCAAGAACGAUGACUUGGCCAAGUGUAAAUUAAAUCCAGAUGUAGGAACUGGAGAGGAAAAAGGUAAUUAAAAAUUAGUUGUAAUGGUUAUUAUUUCAUUUAUUUAGUUUCUAGAUACUAUUACAAUCCCGUAAACAAGACUUGUUUUGAAUUUGAAUAUCUUGGAAAUGGCGGGAACGAAAAUAAUUUUGGGUCUGAAUUGGAUUGCCUUAGUGAAUGUUAUUCGGAAGUCAAAGAUGGCCCUCAAUUGAAAGAAGAAGAUGUUGUUAUGAUUGAUCCAAGGCCCACUAGAGAUGUGGAAGCUUGUGUUUUUCCAAAAGACAGCGGCACUGGGAAGGGUAUCUGUAGCUUUUUGUGAUGACAAUUCUUUUAGACGCUGUUCAGAGGUUUUAUUACAACGGAGAAUUAAAUAAUUGCUUCGCUUUCAAAUAUUUUGGCCAAGGCGGAAAUAAAAAUCGAUUUGGAAGUCGAUCUGAAUGUGAAGAGAAAUGUCUCAAAAGUAAGAACGUUUUGAAAGCUUCUUGUUUUUAUGCAAAUUUAAUAAUCAUGAUUUAGUGGAUGGCUCCGUCUGCAAAAUCCGGCCACCAGCAGAAGCCGUAGAUCUUGGGGAUGAUUGUAGAACAACUAAAUGCCCCGAAGGCUUCAAAUGUUUCCAAGGGGCCCAUUCCCCGGAGUGUUGUAACGCGACUGUUCAAGGUACCCUUUGUUUUCUUUGCUUACUUAAAUGGGUUUAGAAACCGUCCAACAGAUCUUUGAUCCUUUGUGUCCAAACGGAGAAAGAGCGUUUGGAGAACAAUUGAACGAGUUCUACCACGUCUCCGUUGGGAGAUCUUGUGAUGAUCUUCUUUGUCCCGAUGGCUUUGAAUGCACAAAGAUGGGGAAAGAGAUCGCCAAAUGUUGUCCGGCCAUCAAAUCCGGCUUCCGAAGAGACAUCCCGCUGCCUGAGGCGGGAUUUCAAGGUGGAUUUAAUUGGUUUCUCUAAGCCCUUCGCUUCUCCAACUGUACAUUUUUUAAACAUUUCCUUUCUUCUUUCCAAUAAACUGUAAACUUUUUUUAAAGUUCGAAAGAAAACCCGUCCCUCCGCCCGUUUCUUCGCCGUCCCUCCGCCGAUUGGCCGCGAUUUCUGCGGUUUGGCACCGGAACGCGGAAAUUGUUCAGGUGAGGGGAGAAGGUCAAGUGGAAUGGCUGAAUGAGCAAUCCUGUUCUUUCAUUUUGAUUUCAGGGGAACAGCAAAAGUUCUACUUUUUAGCCGAAUGGCAGAGUUGUUUCGCUUUUAAAUACUCGGGUUGCGGCGGUAAUGAAAAUCGAUUUGAUACUCGAGAAGAAUGCGAACAAGCUUGCCUUUUUGGUAAGUCAAUUUACAGUUGUUAGAAUACCUUGGUUGAAUUAUGAAACAGGUUAUGCAUGACCACGAUUACUUUAGCUGACGGAUCUGUCUGCCGGGGUCCUCAACGGCCUGUCUUUCCCAAAAAUAAUGAUAAUAAAUGCUCAAAGGUAUCAUGCCCUGAGGGCUUUGAGUGUUAUGAAAGUCUGCAACAAAUAGAAUGCUGCAAUAAGACCGCGCAGGGUAAGAAAUUUUGUCUUCACGUGACCCUGUUUUUGCGCCUGAAUAAUAUUUUUGAAUUUUCAGACACCUUCAAAAGUUUUUAUUCCGAGAAAUGCCCAAACGGCCAAAGAGCCCAAGGCACCGUAUCUGAUGGGUAUUUCUGGGCAAUUGUGGCCGAGAAUUGCAGCGAGUUGACUUGUGAAUCCGGAUUUGAAUGUCUUCAAUUCUCAAAUCAUUCAAAAUGUUGUGAAAAGUCGAGAUCUUUACCUUCCACAUCCCAUCAUCCAAAGAUGGUAAUGGCCGGUGCUAUGAUGCACAAUGGGAUGAUCAAAGGGGCAGAUUCCAUCGCCAAGAGAAGUGUAGAAGUAUGCCCAGCUAUCGAAAAACGGCUGGUCAAGUCCUGUUCGCAGAUAUUAACCGACAUGGAGGUGGUUCGGAAGAUCUGGCAAGCCCCGAGGAUAAUAUCGGCUGAGGGAAUUAUACAGGUUUGUUCCCUUUUUUGAAAUUUUAUUCUAUUACAUCGGAGAUUUGUAAUAUUAAUAACUGACACCUACUUACAGCAUUUGAACAUAAUGUGCACAAAGUUUGAGGAAUACAGGAACUGCUUGACCAUGAUGACCUCCAAUGCCGCUUGUUUGGAUCCGACGAUGUCAAGAAAGGAACAAAUCCUUGGAUUCAUUUGUCAAAAAGUGGUUAGAGAGGCAAUUGUCAGCACUGAGAAUCAACGAUGUCUCAGGAGAAUUUCGAAAAUUGAAAGGGUAAACCCAAGUUUCAUCCUGAUUUUUGAAAUUUAUUAUAUCUUUUAGAUCAGAAAUUGUGAAGAUGAGUUGGAAAAAGGGCUUGUAAAUAAUUUAUUCGACAAGUAUUCAAUAUGCAAUGCCUUCGACGAUACGUUGCAAUGCUCAGCCAGCGAACUUCUCAAAUGUGGCCCCAAUACCUUCAGCCUGAUGAAAAAUAUUAUAACAACCCUCAAGGCGAACAUAAAACAAUGUGUAAACCAGACGGAGGAGUUGGAGAAGAUGGAAACUGUUGAUUCUGAAGACAAGGACGACGAUGAAGAGAGUCAUGAGGAUGAAGAUUACGACUCUUCAACCGUCUCUUCAGCUGAACUCACAACUCAAAUGCCACCAACUACAACAAGAAAAGCGAAAAGAAAAGAUCGCCGAUGUCCUCGAGAGCACGUGGAGAAGGCCGAGAGUUGCACUUAUUUGAUUGGAUUCAGGAAGAUACGGGAGAUUUUUCGCCUUCAGAAUGACUUUGUUUUGGCCAAUUUUGAUGUAAGUCCGGGUUGCCGCAUUACUCUUCGUACCUUACACUCGAUUACUUUUUUAACAUUUGUAAUGAUCCACACGCAAUUAUUCAAUUAGAAUCUGAGCGUCAUAGCUGAGUCCAAAGAACAUUCAGAAAAGCCGACAUUGAAAGUAAUGUUUUAUAGUAAACUUUUUAUAUACAGUAGCUGCCAAAAAACUGUCAAUUUUUUUGUUUUCUGUGUAACUCUGCUCAACGUGGACGGAUUUCAACGAAACAAAUACCAUUCUGUAGAGAAUUAUUGUUGUUAUCUAAUGGUGUAGCGGUUGGAGCGAUUUUACAUCUUAGUGUGUUACAACUGUCGAUGUAAAAUUUUCGGAAAGACAAAAAACUGUCAAUUUUUCCAAAAAAAUUUUACCGCUUUCAUACGUCGCGGCAAGUCAUGGGUUUAUACAUUCCGAUUUUUAAAUAAAGUCCCACUUUAUAUAAUUAACCAUCAAAGGGAGCCAAGAAAGUUAAUUUAGUAGACCUUUUGGUGGUCCCAAGUUCGAUACCCCAAGACAUGACGUUUAAGAAAAAAACGAUUUUUUUCUUUGACUUAGCAUUGACGCAAUGCCUUGCAGUAGAAGCUAGACAACCUACAAUUAAAAUAGAACAAUGAUUGGGAGCCUAAAUGUAAGUCUACGGACUCCACUUGACAUUCAAGUUUUUCUGGCAGUAGAUGUACCGUGGAACUUCAGCCCGGGUGCUUCCGCAGACACCUCUAAUCGUAGUUCCAAAGCGACAGAAGGCACCCAUGUUAACAGUGAACGGUUUAGAACCGAUACCGCGCCAGGCCCGUACUUUGCGCGUAAAAUAACAAGCUCCUAAUUGGAAUUUUUGAAGAAAAAUUGUUGUCUCGAUUUUCACUCUCCAUAGGAUGGAAAUAAAGCUGCGCAAGGACAAGCAAGAUGUUGUCCCAUACAUUUACAGCCAUUCCUGACAUUUCUAAAGUAAUUUCACUCCCUCUAACGUGUUUCUAAAGUCUUAUGCUGGCUUGCAAGUUUCCACAAAAAAAUUUUUUUGUUAAUGACAACAUAACCCACCGUAAUUCUUAUGUGACUUGCAUCGCCGUCCUACAAAUGCCCAUAAAAUGCUUCUAGAACAUCUGUGAUCAUGUAUUGAUAAAACAUUAGCAAGUUGUUACAAAGGCGGGGGCAACAAGGCCAACUCUCUAUAGAAAGUCGAUUACCGGAGAAACUUGAAUGUCAAGUGGAGUCCGUAGACUUACAUUUAGGCUCCCAAUCAUUGUUAUAUUUUAAUUGUAGGUUGUCUAGCUCCUACUGCAUGGCAUUGCAUUAAUGCUAAGUCAAAGAAAAAAAUCGAUUUUUUCUUAAACGUCAUGUUUUGGGGUAUCGAACUUGGGACCACCAAAAGGUCUACUAAAUUAACUUUCUUGGCUCCCUUUGAUGGUUAAUUAUGUACAGCGGGACUUUAUUUAAAAAUCGGAAUGUAUAAACCCAUGACUUGCCGCGACGUAUGCAAGCGGUAAAAUUUUUUUGGAAAAAUUGACAGUUUUUUGUCUUUCCGAAAAUUUUACAUCGACAGUUGUAACACACUAAGAUGUAAAAUCGCUCCAACCGCUACACCAUUAGAUAACAACAAUAAUUCUCUACAGAAUGGUAUUUGUUUCGUUGAAAUCCGUCCACGUUGAGCAGAGUUACACAGAAAACAAAAAAAUUGACAGUUUUUUGGCAGCUACUGUAGUAAAGAAUAUAAUUUUUGAUGGUAUUUGAUGUCCAAAACGCGAUGUGAUCAACAGUCUCUGAGCCUUUAUUCCCUGACGCCUUUUAAGAGCCAGAGGUUAUUCUGGCACCCAAUAAGGAUGUGGAUGGGCUUGCUUUAGCCCGUUAUGGUCUCAUUAAGGCCAAUCCUUCGAUGAUUAGGGCUCUUCUUUUACUGUUAUUUUUACUCCAUUUUCCCGUUUUCGAACUCUUAAGAUGUCUGAGGGUCCUCUUUAUACGUAAUGAUUGCAACCUUUCACACGAUUCCUCGACUCGCCUCUUUCCCACAAACUGCACAGUAUAUAGUUUUGGUAAACAAGAGAUUUGUCUUGUCAACUUUCCACAGCUUGGUCUACUAUAAACGUGAAAUGAUGACUCGUGAAGACAGCUUGAUGACUCAAAACAUGUUUUUUGGACUCACAAAAUAAAUAAUUUUAGGUAAACAACAUCAAUGAAUACUGUGAUCAUUCCAAAAGUUACCGUAAAUGCAUGGAAUUGUCUUUAUCGGCGGAUCAGCGAUGUUUACAUUUACUCAGCGAGGACCCCUUUUACUCGUUCAUUGUGGCAUUUGAAGACAGAUUAUGCGAGGUAGAUCCUCGAAUUAAUUAGCGGAAUUAAUUACUUGUAAUUAUAGAGUGAAAAACAACUUAAAUGGCUGAUAAACGCGGGCUGCCUGAGUAAUAUUGCCCAAGUCCCCAAUCUGGGUGAAUGUCUCAAAAAUAAGGGGACUCAGGACGAAAGGGUAAUCCUAAUUAAUCGCCUUAAAUGUACAUGAUUACUAAUUGAGACAGUCAUCCUUUGUCAAUCUGAUAUUGUAGGUGUUGUGUAAAGUCACCGAGCAUAUGGAGACCUGUGUUUACAGCGAAAUAAAGACGACCUGUCGAUUACAAGAAGUCCAAUUCUUCAGUGAGCUCAUGGAAAUGUUGAAGCAUCGUCAUAGGUUCUGUCAGCCAAUGGCCAAUCGGACAGUUGUCAGAAGCCGGCACGAUACGCGGGCUGUCCAAUUUGAUGACAAAGACAAUGGGGCCUUUCCAUUAAGUAGACAAGGUAACUGCGAUGCUAAUCAAAGUACUGCAAUACCUCUUUUUAUCUGCUCCUUUGAACGUUUCAACAUCACCAUCAUCCCUUUCAAUGUAUAAUCUAUUUAUAAUAUUUCUUGGACAUUCGAUAUCCCAGGGUGGCGAAAUCUCUGAAAGUUUGCGUUGUCAAAAAUAGAAGUGUAUCCGGUUACUAGAAACAUAUAUGACAACAUGAGCGGACAUGGUUAUUCUGUUUACUUAUUUGGUUAUGUCUUGUUCUCGCCUAUUAUUACAACAUUGAACUUUGCCUUUCAGGGUGUAGAAGUGCGCGGAAGAUAGCCAUGUUCACGUUAAGUGGAUACGUCCCCGAGUGUGAUGAGAAUGGGAACUAUAGAUUUAUGCAAUGUGACAAGACCUCAGGGUCUUGCUGGUGUGUCGAUAUUCACACAGGAAAUCCGUUAAGGGGUACCCAUGCCCCUCCUGGUCGACCCCUUCCAAUGUGUGGUCUUAAUUAUCUAUUUACUUGUGACAAAUUACCGGAACAAAGAUAUUGCGAUGCGGACAAUGAGACUCCACAGAGUACCGAAAGAUGGUACCGAUUGGGGAACAGAUGUGUGCAGUAUAUGCACAGCUACUGCCCGAGUACGGCCCAUCUUCCGCCAAUGCCCAUACGAACUCAAAGUGCCUGUAAAAGUUUUUGUUUGCCUUCCAGUGGGUGA